AUGGCCAGCGUGCCUCUUGAGAAGUUUGCCUCGUCGCUGUGCAAGCCCGGCAGAAGUCGUUCAGGCGGCAGCUCAGGCGACGUCGCCUUUGCGAUGUACACCGUGCCGGCCGAUGCAUUCUUGCAGAUGACAGAAGUCAAGAUGCACGAGGAGCUGCUAGACGCCGGUGUGGUCACAGAGUUUGAUGAGAUCAUGGGAAACGCCAUGUUCGUGUCGCACCAGUGGCUGAGUGACGCACACCCCGAUCCAUACUUCCAGCAGCUGCGAACCUUGCAAGAUGCGCUGAAGAACAUGGUGGCCGGAACCAGUAAGGUGUAUCUACCUGUGUGUUCGGAAAUCCUAAAUGGUCGCAGAAGGUGCCCUACGGCCAAUGAUUUCGCAUCCGGUCUUCAUGUCUGGUAUGACUACUUCAGCAUCCCGCAGAACGCUGAUGGCCAUGCAUCUUUGGUCCGCCAGAAUGCCAUUCAGAGCAUUCCCUCGUACGUGGCAAGAUGCGAGUUCUUUAUCGUGCUGUGCCCGGCAUUCCGGCACAGAGACCAGGAGCGCACGCUGAGCCAUGCAACCUGGGGCGAACGAGGGUGGUGUCGCACAGAGAGAGCUGCACGUGAACUUUCGACCCGCAGCCGUGGCGGUGGCUACGUCAUCGUUAUAGAGAGCGCGACGCACCAGACACUUAUGUGGACAGGAAACAGAAUGAGCGAUGCACCCGGUGAAGGAGCGUUUACAUUGGAUGCUGACAGAGUGGGGAUUGGCAGUAUGAUCACCCAGAUG